GCCGCCGGUCGACCUGGUUGCUACUUCUUGAGCAAUUUCGCAUCCGUGCCGAGCGAGCCCAUCAAGUACAGCGCGAGCGGAAGCGGAAGCCGCGAGUUUCUCGCUCUGGAGCAUCAUUCGCCGCACGUGUCUGCGAUCGACGUCGAGGUCGGGCCGGGUUACAAUGCCGCGUUAGGAGGAUCUAUGGGUCGCAUCAGUCAAGUGAACGUGAACAGCACAGCACUCGAUCAUACUGUAAUAACGAUCGUGAUCACCAAUACAGGAUUAAUUCCGACGUCUUAUCAGUCAAAGAUCGCGGACUGUCCCGAUAGCCUUCCAGAGUCCUGGGUAAACGCUACGUUCCCUAAAAGACUAAUUCAACCUCGACGGAAUCAAGCAGUGAGCUUGAAUCUUUACGGCGAGCUGCCCACAAACGAGUUUUACUGCUCUGUGCAAUUGCUAAACCGUCUCGGGGAACCGGUGGCCACCAGGCAAAUAAAGGUACGAAAAAUGGAUCGUUGCUUCUGCGCGCUGCAUUGCUUAUGCGUGUGCGUGGGCGACGCACGUGGCACCAGCUGUCAACCGAUGUCGCUCGAACUUUAUCACGCCGCUGGAUUUCGCGGUCCCGUCCCACAUCAUCGCCAAAUUAUCUCAGACGUAAUCUUGAACGUUAUAUUCUUCAUCGUCUCGUUAAUACUGCUCUUGCUUCUUAUAGGUUUAUUGAAAGGGUUUAUCGGUCUGUAUAUACCGGCGAUGGGCCGUUGGGGUUUAGAUUCGUUGCUGGAGACCAGAGUAAUGUCGGAAUAUUUCGAACGAGAAUUAAAAUAUAAGCGCGUGAUAAGGGAUGAGUACGGUGCACCGGUGCAUCCGGAUACACGCAAGAGAACCGUCAGGAUAUGCAGCAGAAAAGUGGAAUUUUUCCUAAACACGAUGUUCUUCCUGAUUUUUCCAUUCGCGGUUUGCUGCCAUCGUCUCAAGAAAUUUUUUCGACUCGAUCGAAAACGUUGUUACUCGAAUGAAUCUAAAAUCAGUUUGAUGACUAACAACAGCGAACAUACGGGAACGAUCUGCGUGAAUACUUAUGGCGAUAAUCGCGAUUCGCAAAUGGAAGUCGAGGAUAUCAAGUACGUGAUGGACGAAUUGAAAAAGUCUGAGGAGUCGUUACGUAAUCAUACUAGAAGUAAGAGAAACUGCUGUAUAAAAGAAUAUGGAUCGUGUCAUUAACACCAUUUGGAAGAAUGAAAUAAGUUUGACGUAAAUUGUCAUAGAAA